UUUUAUCAUCAAGGUUAAUGCAAAAUUUGGUCAACGUUGGGUUCUAAUUUGCGAUGGAAGAAAGAAUGGCACUAAUAACUAAAUCAUGCUCUAUAAUAAAUCCCUCUGAAAAUUUUACUAGUCGAUGUCAUGGGACUUUUGUGUUUAGGACUUGUUAACUAGGUUUUGUUUCAUUACGCUAAAUGCAUAGACCUCUAAUUUUCCGCCUUAGACCUUGAGUCGUACGUCUGGUCCUGGGUGAGUCAUCUGUUUUGUCACUGGGUCAUUAUGUAAUAAAAAUGGAUAAAAGUCAGAUUUCGGAUGAACCUUCUAAUACGGAAUCCAGUUCUAGUAAACCUACUACUGCUCCUCGCCCAACAACACUAAAUAUACUGCUGGACAAUACAAUAAAGAGUCCAGCAUUGUCAUCUUUCCUUACUCCUUCUUUAGAAGAACUGCAACCGAUUUUACGUUCAGAGGUAGAAAAAAUUCUUCAACAUCUGAAAGCGUCUCCACAAACACCUGGGAGCUUUCUGAAUCCUAAGCAUGUUACUGAAGAACAAGAGAGAUUUGCUAAUGUUUUUACUCAAAGGCUGAAUGAAUUACGGGAUGCAUCAAGUUUGGCUUCUUUAACUGCAGCUCUCAGUCCUGUCAAUUCUACCGUAAGUAACAAUGGUUUGUACAAUAUCAAUUUGGCUGAUAUUAAUUCUCCGAAUCUCCCAAACUUUGCUGAACUAUAUCGCCAAGCAAGUCAAAGUGGAAUCAACACAACUCCGACAUCUAUACUUUUCUACUCACCAGCCUGCUUCGAUCCACAGUCUUUAUCAAGUGUUCAGGCUGUUACUCCAGGUCUUGUUACCUUUCAGCCUCAGCAAACUGAUCCGGUUAACCCAACCUCUGAACAGAGUAUCACGCUGACGAAUUUACAAAACUCACUCUCUAUUUCUCUCCCCAAUACUGCCCAACCAGCCACGGAUAGUGAGGUUACAACUGUUCAACUACCUAAUGGGUUGCGUCUUGGUAUAACAACCAAUGGAGCUUCACAGGCGUCGGUUCUUCAGAUGCUAGGUAUUGAACCCCAACCUGAGCUUGUCCAUCAGGUCCAAAUUCAGAAUCAAUCUUUAGAUCCAUCUCUUUGGCCUUUAAAUAUCCAGACGAAUUUGCCCUCCAGCGACACUUCGGAUUGUCGUCGAACAGCUUCUGCAAGCUCACCACAAGACCCUGAUGAUACUCGUCCUUCUUCGGUGGACAUCAACUUAGAGCAAACUGACCCAGUGUCAAACAUCAGGUCAUCUUCUGUUUCCUCUGUUUCUUCUUCGUCUCAAGGAAAUAGUUCUAGAAACGCCACAGGUUCUAAUCUGAAGGACACACGCUUGGAUCCCACUGAGCAGUCUCGCAUGCGGUUAGAGCGCAAGAGAGCAAGAAACCGUGAUGCAGCUCGGAAAUGUAGAGAAAGAAAAAUCCGUCUCAUCAAGAGUUUGGAGAAAGACGUCAUACAUCUCUCUGAAGAAAACAGAGCCUUGCGUAAUCGAUUAUCUCGUAGUAGAAUUGAGGUAGAACGUCUAAAAAUGUUUGUUGUCAAUCAUCUUGACAAAGAUUGUCCUGCUCUAUCUAGUAAAGUAGCUUAAGUAAAUCCUUAUUAGUACCUAGUUUAAUUCUAUUUUAACAAUCCCUCAUGCUUUCUUAUUUUUCAUAUGAAGCGCCAAUGGAUAAUGUUAUUUAAUUUCCUAUAGUGUUUCCAAGUAUUAUUGGUCUAAUUUAUUUUGCUUCUUGCCAUCCUGACUUCAUCAAUUAGUGUCUCUCCAUGCGGUUUUGUUCUGUAUACCCAUUUAUUUAAUAAUAUUCUCACUUUGGUUCCAUUGUACAGAUUCAUCUACCUCAUCGCUUUUGGCAUCUAGAAGCCAUCCUAUUAUGUCAGAUUUUCGUUUAAUAUUUACUAACCUGUUGUUCAAAGAUUAUCAUGUGCGCUAUUCCAAAAAAUCUAAUUUGAAUCAUUUUGCUUUACUUCUAAUAUUAUUUUUAUAUUUUGUUAUUCAUUAAUAUUAGGGUUAUGUGCAUGCUGGCAUUUGUCGGUUAAAUAUCGCUCUAGCUUGGUUGUGUGUUGCUUACCUUCAACUUCAUCAAAAUUGGUUAAUCCUAUUUGAGACUUCAGAUAUCACAUUGAAUCCUUUGUUAUUUGGCGGUGCACAACGACUUUGUGUAGGCUUUGCUGAGCUCAGACUUCGUAACAUUUGGGACUACGUUAACAAGUGCUGUUAUCAAAUUAACUAAAACGUAACGAAAGGGCUUACAUUUCAACACCUCUGCUAAUAAUACUUUUUGCAGAUUACAUGUUUGUGGCUAAUACAAGUACUUUCUAGACACGAUCACUGCUUCAUGUGCUUUACCUUGAUGAUAUUCACAACUAGCUAGUAACAAACUUGAAUUAGG